AUGACCAGUGUACAAGCUGCCCCGCUAAAAAUCCCCCGCCUCAGCCGAUCCGAUACCUCCACCUCCGCUGAGCGGUGGCAAGCCAUCACCAAGCGCGACACAACAGUGAACAACUUCGUCUACGGCGUCCUCACAACAAAAAUAUAUUGCCGACCGUCCUGCGGCGCGCGGCUCGCUCGACGCGCAAACGUCGAAUUCUACAAUACUCCUUCCCAAGCCGAGAAAGCAGGCUUUCGACCCUGUAAGCGCUGUCGACCACAAUGCGGCACGGCAGCGCAGAGUAAUCCCCAAGCGGCCAUGGUUGAGAAGGCAUGCCAGACAAUCCGGGACGAGGUCAGCGCGGGGAUGAAACCACGACUGUACGAUCUGGCGACUCAAGCAGGCUUGACGCCCAGCCAUUUCCAUCGUGUGUUUAAGAAGAUCCUCGGCGUUACGCCGGGUCAGUAUGCGAGUAGUGUGGUUCAGAAUGGUUCAUGUCCGACACCGGGGUCUUUAACGCCUGAUACUUUGUCUGAGCUUAAAACACCUCCAUUGGCAUCACCUGGGUUAGUUGGGUCGGGCGGGAACAAGCUGGAUUUAGAUUGCGGGAUGGUUUCUGCGCUUCCUGAGUCGGCGGUUAGGCUGGAGGAUCUUUCUCCUGUCAUCUUGAAUAAUGCAUGGAAUGAGUUUGACGUUUUGUUAGCGGCAGAGAAUCAGGUGGAUCCUAUGGAUUCGUUCUCGAUUGAUCCUCGAGUUCUCAUAGGGCGUGAGUGA